CAUCACAAUGUCCAACCCGCCAAUAGAGGACGACGCAGACCCGACCUACUCGCACUUUGCUCAUAGGGCAGAGUUCGAGGCGCAGCUCGCGCGCUUUCUUGCGAUCGACGUGGGGGGUACGCCGAGCGCAAGCGAGGACGACGCCGAGGUACGGCUGGUCAACUCGCUCGGCGCGAUCCUCGACUACUACCUCCCCAUGCCCGGCCUGCUCGACCCAGCGCUGGACAGCAUAGUCCCCCCACUCAUGGUCGCCCUGGCCUCGGCCCUCGGCUCGAAAGCGGCCGCGAACGGCGCACGGCUGGCUCGCGUCGGCAGACUGGUCAACUGGGUCGUCAAGGUCCGCGGGUGGAAGGCGGUCGUGCCGCACUUUCCCAGCUCGAUCGUGCACCUCGGGGUGCUCAUCGACGUGCUGUCGGCGCCUUCGUCCCCGAGGCCGUCGGACGCCGCCGCCGACACGGACGACUGGGAGCUGCGCGCCGUCCUCCUCCUGUGGCUCGCGCUCCUCCUCACCGUGCCCUUCUCCCUCUCUGCGCUGUCGGACGAGUCGACCCCGACGCGGCUCGACAUCCCGACGCACGCGCGCCUCUUCUCGCAGCCCACGCCGGACCUCGCCGUGCGCGUCACGCUGCUCGCCCUCCCGCUCCUCCACCGACCAGGCCGCGAGGGCGGGUACGCCGCGCUGGUGCUUGCGCGCCUGUUCGCGCGAGAAGACGCAGUGCACGGCCUGCAGGGGUUCUUUGACUGGGCGGCCGCCGAGCUGCGCGAGGGCGAGCGCGAGGCAGAGGCCAACCUCGUCGCGUCGCUGCUCACCCUGCUCGCCCUCCUCCCGGGCAUGGCGGACGAGCGCCACCUCCCCGCGCAGGCGGCGUUCCUAAACGACAUCCUCGUCCCCCACCUGGCCGGCGGGCGCACGUCCCAGUCCUCCGGGCUCAUCCGCAAGCUGGCAGUCAAGGCCCGCGGGCGGUGGUGGCUCGCGCGCCUCGGCCGCGGGCUCCGGCACGACGCCGACGCCGAGCUGCCCGACGGGAUUGAGGAGCAGCUCGACGACCUCAUGUCUGGCCUCGGGGACCGGGACACGAUCGUGCGCUACUCGAGCGCAAAGUAUCUCGGGCGCAUCUCGGCGCUGCUCCCGCCCGAGCUGUCGGACCAGAUCGUGCUCGCAACGAUAGGCUUGUUCGCCGGCACGGACGACGAGCCCGUCGUCGAGACGGCGUUCGGGACCGUUGUUGACCCUGGAGGCAGUACUGCGUCGGGCGGCGCGAUGGGCCUCGGCGGGUCGGAAGCGACGCGCGGCGAAGCGCGCUGGCACGGUGUUUGUCUUGCUGUCGCUGAGCUCGCGCGCCGCGGCCUGCUGGACGCCGACGCAGUGGCAGAGGUCACGCCGUGGGUCGUCAAGGCGCUCACGUUUGACCUGCGCCGCGCGUCGCAUUCCAUCGGGUCGAAUGUGCGCGACGCGGCGUCGUACGUUCUGUGGUCGCUCUCACGCGCGAGCCCGCCGGAGCAGCUGUCCGCCGCCGCGGACAAGAUCGCGACGAGUCUGGUCUGCGUGGCGGUGUUCGACCGCGAGGUCGGCGUGCGCCGCGCCGCGUCCGCCGCGUUCCAGGAGGGCGUUGGCCGGCUGGGGCUGUACCCCGCCGGCAUUGACGUGCUCGCCAAGACCGACUUCUACUCGGUCAGCGUGCGCCGCAAGGCGUUCACGGUCGCUGCGCCCGCGGUCGCCGAGCACGCGGUGUACCGCGCCGCGAUGCGCGAGUUCCUGCACAACAUAACCCUGCGGCACUGGGAUAUCGCGAUGCGCACGGCCGGCGCGGCGGCCCUCAAGGCGAUCCUGGCGCUGUCGUCGCCCGACGAGGUGUCCGACUCGAUCACGCGCGAGCUGGCACAGGUGCCGAGCCUCGACUCGUGCAGCGCGCAUGGCGCGCUCGCGGCACUGACGCAGAUUGCCUCGCUCACGGGCGACGCGACGAAGGCAAAACUGCUGGCGUCUCUCGAUGCUGUUCGCGCCGCUGCGCUCCUGUCCACCGACGCCGCGGACAUCAUCACGGCCGGGUGCGAGCUCAUCGCGGCAACGCUCACGCCGACGGUUGACCUCGCGCCUGUGCCGCGCUUCUUUGAGGCUGCCACCCGCCGGCGAGAAGCGCCUGUGCACGAGGCUCUGGCAGACGCGUGUCAACGCCUCAGCGAGGUCCGCGAUGCCACUCCCCAAGUGCUCAAGUCGAUCGACGAGUUGAAGUCUGCUCGUGCGGCACAGCGGCAGGCUGCGGCGCUGUGCCUCGGACACUUCCAGUACAAGUCGCAUGUGGCGGCUGAGGCUCCACUGGCCGCGUUGCUGGGACUGCUGGCCCCUGAAGCCAAGUCCGACGUCGAGACAAAACGCAACGCCGUCCGCUCGCUUGCCGACCUCUCGUGCCAGCGGGAUCCGGACGGCACCCUCCUGCUCCGGCCCGAGGGCACCACCAGCGUCGCUCAGGCACUCGUGGCGGCGUUAGACGACUACACGACGGAUCAGCGAGGCGACGUCGGCUCAUGGGUGCGCACAGCGGCGGUGCUGGCGCUGGGUCGGGUGAUUGGUGGCGCUGCCUCGGCCGCCACACCCGCAGACCUCGUCUCGCAGGAGCUGUUUGAUGCUGCUAUCUCGGGUAUCGUCAAGCAGGCGCUGGAGAAGCUCCAGGUCGUGCGUGAUGCGUCGACUACGACGUGGGCUGUGCUCCUCGAGGCCAAGGCGGAUCAGGUGUGGGACUGGCCUGGCGCGAAUGUCUUUGCCACGGCUCCGCCGCCCACAGACCCUCGUCACACAGAUCAGUGGUUCAGCGCUGGUCUGGAGGUCUUCCGCACACGAUACCGCCCCGCCGCUGUAUCUGGCAUUCUCCAGAGUGCAGGCGGUAGCGUGUCAUCGACGGAACGCUCCUGCGCGGCGCUCCUUAAAUGGCUGAGAGACCUUGGACCCGCCGACUCGGCGCUUCUCGACGGCGUGUUGGGCGAUAUUGUCUCGCUCCUCGCCAACAACUUUAGCUCGAACCGCAUCGCCGUGCCGGCACUAACGACCAUCGGGCGGCUGUUCGACGCGGGCAUCGCCACCUGGCCAGCGUCGCAGUCUCACGAGGUGGUGCCGGUACCAGCGCUGUACUCGCGGGCACUGGCCCUCGCCGCGCGCGGUGCGUCGCAGAUCAAGUCAAUCGACCGUUUGACAGCGGCGAUGCGUGUCGUCGUCGCGAGUCUUGUCCUGCCAUUUGACGGUGUGCGCGCCAAGGCGGCCGACGCGCUCCUCCCCUUCCUCGCGCACCGCUUCCCGAGGAUCCGCAUGCUCACGAGCGAGGCGCUCUACACGACACUCACGACCGACGGCGACAUUGACGAGGAGCUGGAGGAGGUCAUCCUCGAGACCGAGUGGACGGCGCCCGACGGCGUCGACGAGGCGCCGCGCGUCGUCCAGCUUGUCAGAGAGCAUCUCGCCCGGAGUUAGGAUCUAGACAUGGCCUAGAAGUACAUACAUAAUGCCA